CUUUCCUUUCUUCCCUUUGCACCCGUGUGUGUGGGGGUGGGGUGGUGCCGUCCGUGGUAGACUUCACUGCCGUCCGUCUGUCCGCGCAUCUGGCUCCCUCCCUUCCUUCCUUCCUUCCCCUUUCAGCGCCGCUUCCUCCUCGCCCUGCCCGCCUCCCCCGCCGUCCAACCUUCCGGCAGCUCCGGGCGUCGAGCCGCCGGCCGAGGGAAUGUUGUGACAACUGAUGUGGUGCUGAAGCAUCAGGGAUGGAACGAUGCGACUGCAUCGAGCCGCUGUGGCCGACUGACGAGCUCCUCAUCAAGUACCAGUACAUCUCCGACUUCUUCAUAGCCCUCGCAUACUUCUCCAUCCCGUUGGAGCUCAUCUACUUCGUGAAGAAGUCGUCCUUCUUCCCGUACAGAUGGGUUCUCAUCCAGUUUGGUGCCUUUAUAGUCCUUUGUGGAGCGACCCAUCUCAUCAACCUGUGGACUUUCACCACGCACACGAAGACCGUCGCUAUGGUCAUGACGGUUGCCAAGGUUUCGACGGCCGUCGUUUCCUGCGCGACGGCUUUGAUGCUUGUUCACAUCAUCCCUGACCUGCUUAGUGUCAAAACGAGGGAGCUGUUUCUGAAGAAUAAAGCUGAAGAGCUUGAUUGGGAGAUGGGCUUGAUAAGGACGCAGGAAGAGACCGGGAGACAUGUUAGGAUGCUAACUCAUGAAAUCAGAAGCACACUCGAUAGACAUACGAUUUUGAAGACUACCAUUGUUGAGCUAGGAAGGACCUUGGGUCUCGAAGAGUGUGCCCUGUGGAUGCCAUCAAGAAGCGGUUCAAAUCUUCAGCUUUCACAUACUCUGCGCCACCAAAUUACUGUUGGGUCAUCUAUAUCAAUUAAUCUUCCUGUUAUCAACCAAGUUUUCAGUAGCAAUCGAGCAAUCAUAAUACCGCACACAUCCCCUUUGGCACGGAUCCGGCCUCUUGCAGGACGAUAUGUUCCACCAGAAGUGGCUGCAGUGCGAGUACCUCUUCUAAAUCUUUCAAACUUCCAAAUAAAUGACUGGCCAGAGCUUUCAGCAAAAAGCUAUGCUAUUAUGGUUCUGAUGCUUCCAUCUGAUAGUGCAAGGAACUGGCAUGUGCAUGAGUUGGAGCUUGUUGAGGUCGUCGCCGAUCAGGUAGCAGUUGCACUCUCUCAUGCAGCUAUCCUUGAAGAGUCCAUGCGUGCGCGUGAUUUGCUAAUGGAGCAAAAUGUUGCCCUGGAUUUAGCUCGACGAGAUGCUGAAACGGCCAUCCGUGCUCGGAAUGAUUUCCUAGCUGUUAUGAAUCAUGAAAUGAGAACACCAAUGAAUGCAAUCAUAGCUCUUUCGUCCUUACUCUUGGAAACUGAACUAACUCCUGAGCAGCGUUUAAUGGUGGAAACAGUAUUAAAGAGCAGCAAUCUUCUAGCAACACUUAUCAAUGAUGUGUUGGAUCUUUCCAAACUUGAGGAUCGCAGCCUUGAAUUGGAGAUCAGAGCAUUCAAUCUUCAUGCUGUCUUCAAAGAGGUGAUGGGUUUCAUCAGACCAAUUGCAGCUAUCAAGAGGCUGUCUAUGUCGGUUAUGUUAGCACCAGAUUUACCAUUAUGUGCUAUUGGCGAUGAAAAGAGGCUAAUGCAAACUAUCCUAAAUAUCUCCGGUAAUGCUGUUAAGUUCACCAAGGAGGGCCACAUUACACUUCUAGCUUCCAUUCUAAAGCCUGAUUCCUUAAGAGAGUUCAGAACCCCAGAUUUCCAUCCAGCUGCAAGUGAUGACCAUUUCUACUUGAAAGUUCAGCUGAAGGAUACAGGCUGUGGCAUUAGUCCUCAGGAUCUACCCCAUGUGUUCACAAAAUUCACCCAAACUCAGCCUGGAGGCAACCAAGGAUACAGCGGAAGUGGCCUUGGCCUUGCCAUCUGCAGGAGGUUUGUGACUCUGAUGGGAGGCCACAUCUGGCUGGACAGUGAAGGGGCAGGAAGAGGCUGCACGGCCACAUUCAUCGUCAGGCUCGGCGUGUCCGACAACACAGACGCAUACCGGCAGCAGCUGACCCCUCUCGCCUGGCCAGGCAGUGCAAAUGCCGAAUCAUCCGGUCCAAAGGCGCUUCACGAGGAGAGGUGGCCGCCGUCUUCCCUGAAGCCUCGUUACCAGAGAAGCGUAUGAGGUAUAGUGUAAACGGUCGACGGUGCUGGUGUCGAGUAGGGAGUCAGUAGCUAGUUUUGUGAGUCCCCCCUCUAAUUUUGUGCCUAGUCUUGCUGUAGCUGGCAUAUAUUGUACAAAUAAUGUGUAUAGCAAAUGGGACUUCAGAUUGCAGUUAUGUUCCUGGGCGCAGCAUCAACUCGCUGCGUUCAGUAGCAUAUGCUGUCCAGCGAAUUUGCAUAUUCCGUGUGCGCGUGACCCCGGUUAUAUCAGAUCGAAACUACUCUCCGUGGGAA